AAUUUUACCAUUAUGAUUUGUGGGCUUCACCAGUAUAUCAUUAGGUCCACAAAUCAUAGACACAGAUGAUUCUACCAGUUACACCAGAUGACCUAAUAACAGACGGUAAAUUGAGAGUGGCAAAAUCACACAUUUCUCGCCCACUGCUGACCCAGCUCUCCUACGCACCGGCCACGACCACGCCCCGCUCCAUGCCCCUCCGCCUCCUCCCGCCGCCUCGCCGCGCCGCCGCGCCACUCCUCACCCCGACCGUCUCCCACCUCGCGUGCCUCCUCCUCGGCCAGGGGCCGGACACACCUCCGCUCCUCCUCGCGCUACUCCCGGUCUGCCCGGCCCUCCUCACGCCGCUCCUCUCCCGCCUCCUCCUCUCGCACACGCCGCCGCUCCCGGCGCUCUCCCUGUACCGCCGCCUCCUCGCGCUCCGCCACUUCAACGUGCCGGAAAGCUCCCUCCCGGUCCUGCUCCGCCUCCUCGCGCGCUCCCGCCGCCACGCCCACCUCUCGUUCCCGCUGCUCGAGUCCCUCCCGUACACGCACCCGCACCUCCUCUCCACGCCCGCGCUCGCCGCCCUCCUCUCGACCGCGCUCUCCGCAUCAGCACCCGGCGCGUCCUUCGACGCUGCCGUCACCUGCUUCGAAUCCGCCGCUCGCGUCUGGGCGCGCGCCGGCAGGGCCUUCGGCGCCGCCGAGCUCAAUGUGCUGCUCCGCGCCUUCUGCGCCCGCGGCCGCGUGGCCGAGGCCCGCGCUCUCUUCCACCGCUACUGCGACGCGUACCCGCCCGACACGCGCACGUUCAACACGCUGCUGCUCGGGUUCAAGGAGGCCGGACACGUCCACGCGCUGGACCUCUUCUACCAUGACGCCGUGCUGCGGGGCUUCGUGGCGGACGCCGUGUCGUACUGCAUCAGGAUGGACGCCUACUGCAAGAAAGGUAGGUUCCUGGACGCCCUCGAGCUGCUCGACGAAAUGCGCAGCAAGGGGGACUACAAGCCCACGCUGCAGGUGUUCACCACGUUGAUAUACGGAGCUGGGAUUGUCAGGAACGCGGCGAGAGCACGCGCCCUGUUUGAUGAAAUGGAGAAGUGGGGAGUGACUCCUGACCGCGGUGCUCAUAAUGCGCUCAUGGGCGUGUAUGUGAGGGUUAGGGACUUGCAGUCUGCGAUGGCGGUGAUGAGUGACAUGGAGAGGAAGGGGAUCGGUCUAGAUGAUGUUAGCUACAACACGAUGCUUUGCGGGUUUCAGAGAGUUGGCGACUUGGAGGGGAUCUGGAAAGUGUACAGCAAGAUGGUUAGCUCAGGGUUCAUGCCGAGGACCAGGACGACAAUGCUGCUCAUGAAGGUCUUCUGCGAGAAUGGACGACCUGACCUUGGGCUGGAGCUGUGGGAUUAUCUGAUGGGAAGGGGCUGUGUACCUCACCAGCAUGCAUUGGACAUUCUGGUCACUGGUUUAUGCUGUAGAGGUGUGGUUGCUGAGGCAUACAGGUGUUUCAGGGAAAUAAUCGAGACGGGGAUGGCACCAACAGAGCGAGCAUUCACGGUCUUGGAAGGGUUUUUAAGGCGGAAACGGGAACACGGGAAGGUUGAGGAGAUUAGGCAAAUGAUGAAGGCUGCCCAGCUGCAGGGGCAUCAGAUUGAAGAAGAGGCUACGUGAGCUUGGAGCGCUACUGCAAUGCAAUUGCUUUCCUUGAGGUAAUAGUUGGAUUGUGUUAAUCGAUGUAUGAUGGCCUUGAUAUCAAGGGUGAAAUGUUGCACUGGCCAAGCUUUUUUGCAUCUGUGGACAACAGGGAAUAAAUGUGUAUCUAGAAGAUAUAUGGACCCAGCGAAGGGUUCAUUGCUGGAAGUAUGUUCAGCUCUAGAAACUGAAGCUUCAGUUCUGUGGAAAAAGCUUGGCCUUUGCCAAGAAGAGGCGCUUGAAAUAUGAAACCGAUGCGUUGAUAUGAUCCAGUGCAAAAAUGUAAUGGUUAUACGCUGAAUUAACAAGAGUCGGAACUUGAUAGUUUAUUUGUUUAUUAUUACAUUUCAGAGUUAACUACA